AUGCUGGAGAAUUCAGAAUUGUUAGCAAUGCUUAAUUCUGGAGAUUUAGUGGCACUGGAAGCAAAAUAUCACAAAGAGUGCCUGGUUGAUUUAUAUUAUAGAGCUCGUCGGUGUAAAAUGUGUCAAGAUGGCGAUAGUGCAACUAAUUUGUGUGAAGGGAUAGCUUUUUCUAAUCUUCUAAUCUACAUUCAAGGAAAGCUAGAAGAGUCUGGAGGGGAUUAUAUUUUUAAAAUGAUUGAUAUUGUUAAAAUGUAUACUCAAUAUUUGUCGGAUCUUGUAGGCGAAAUCAAAAAUAUGGAACAUACCACGCGACUUCGGGAAAAAAUUCAGAUACAUUUUCCUGAGCUUAAGGCAGAAAAAGUUGGUCGCAAUUAUAUUUUAAGGCAUGAAAAAAAUAAAGUUUUCUCUAACAUAAAUGACGAUCAGGAACUAGAUGCAUUAGCAUUUCAUCGCUUUUCGAAAACCUAA